AUGGACAACGUAGACGAGGUUCUUGAGGCGUUCCAUAUCGGCUUCAUCGUUGCUGCUUUUGUUCUUAAAACCGGGCGCGUUCCUGCAGCCAUCAAGUUGUUCAAGGAAUGUUUGAUUCUUCUCAAGAGCAAGGCAUUGGAAGGAGAGAGAGAAUUGCUCGCAUCAAUUCAUGAAUGUAUAUUCCUUCAGAUGUUUAAUGGGUACGUUCUUAUGAAGGAUCGCACAAAUGCCAUGGAAUGUGGCCGAGACCUUCUCGUUUUAGCUCGAAGAAAUGGAAAAAAAGACGUGGACCAAAAAGUGACUUAUGAACUGGCUGAAAUGCAUCUGUUCCUUGGUAGAUAUCAAGAAGCAAAAGAGUUUUAUUUGAAAGCACUCAGCAUCAUGAUCGAAACGGGUGAUAAAAAGGGAUUGUUAGCCUGUUACAAAAACCUAGGAUCCGUUCUCUGGUCUCUUGGCGAAUUUGUGGAGGCUAAAGAAUGUCACCAAAAAGCACUUGCGAUUGCGAAAGAAUCUGGCGACAAAUACGGUGAAUGCGCUUGCUACGGAAGCUUAGGGAAUGUGUAUAAAUCCCAAGGUGAAUAUGUCGUGGCUAAAGAUUAUUACGAAAACGCUCUGAAGGUGCUCAAAACAUUUGACGACAUGGAGAUGGAGGCCUCAAUUUACGGAGAUCUGGGAAAUGUGCUUCAGUCUCUCGGAGAUUAUGCCAAGGCAAUAGAAACUCACGAAAAAGCACUUAAGAUCGCAAAGAAUAUUGGCGACAAGGAAAAGGAAGCCUGGUGUUAUCGAAACCUGGGAAGCCUGUUUCGUUCUACAGGUAAGCAUGGACAGGCUGUAGAGUUUAACGAGAAAGCACUUGCGAUCGCGAAAAAAGUUAGCGACAGAAAUGGAGUAGCAUUGGCCUACUUAAAUCUAGGAAUUCUUUCACAGUCUCCGGGAGAAUAUCUCAAAGCAGAAGAAUAUCUCCAAAAAGCACUUCUGAUCAUAAAGGAAAUGGGCACCAGAAAUAAAGAAUCUGAAGCGUCGUGUUACAUUAAUCUCGGAACCGUGUGUCAUUCUCUUGGAAAAUAUGCUGAGGCGAAGGAACAUUCCAAAAAAGCCCUUCACAUAGCUAUGGUAAUUGGCGACAGGAAAAUGGAGUCCUUAAGCUACGGAAACCUGGGAACUGUGUUUGAGAGUCUUGGUGAAUAUUUCAAGUCCAAAAAAAACCUCGAGAAGGCACUUUCGAUCUCAGAAGAACUUGGCGAUAGACAAGAAGAAGCUCGACAUUGUGGAAACUUGGGAGUUACGUUUAAGUCACUGGGUGAAAAUGACAGGGCAAAAGAAUAUCACGGGCGGGCAUUGAAAAUCAGAAAAGAAAUUGGGGACAGAAAAGGUGAAGCAUCAAGCUACCUAAACCUUGGAGAAGUGUCUAGGUCUGUUGGAAAAUAUGGAGAAGCUAAGGAACAUAUCAAAAAAGCACUCAUGAUAACAAAAGGAAUAGGCAACAGAGAAAACGAAGCCAUGUGUUACGGAAAUCUGGGAACUGUGCUUGUGCGUCUCGGUGAAUUUGCCGAGGCUUACAAAUACUAUAAAAAGGCACUGGAAAUCAGAUCAGAAAUCGGUCACAGACAAGGAGAAGCAGCCGAUUACGCCAACCUAGGGAUUGCGUUUGAGUUUCAGGGACGAUAUACUGAAGCAAUGAAAUAUAUCGAAAUGGCACUUGAGAUCUUUAAGGAAAUUGGCGACAGAAAAGGAGAGGCGAUAGGUUUCGGAAACCUUGGGAGUGUUUUCCUUUCUCUUGGUGAAUAUGCCAAGGCUCAAGAAUAUUACUGUAAAGCACUCACAAUUGCAACGGACAUUAGCCAUAGAGAAACUGAAGCAGCUAGUUGCGGGCAUCUUGGAAAUGUAUGUAGACUUCUAAGAGAAUAUACUAAGGCUAAAGAUUAUCACGAGAAGGCACUUGAGAUUUCAAAAGAAACUGGCGACAAAGGAGCAGAAGCGUGGUGCUAUGCACAGAUGGGAACGCUGUUUCGGUGUCUCGGUGAAUACGCUAUGGCUCAAGAAAAUUAUGAAAAGUCUCUUGCGAUGUCAAAACAAAUGGGAGAUCGAAUAGGAGAAGCAUCAAGCUAUGGAAAACUGGGAAUUGUGUCUCUGCUUCAGGGUGAAUACGCUAAGGCUAAAGAAUAUCACGAGAAAGCACUUUUAAUGAGCAGUGAAGCUGAAGACAUCGAAAACGAGAUGGAUUCUCUCAGUAACCUUGCAAUGAUAAUGCUGUUGGAAGGCAACGUGAAUGAAGCUAAAUCGCUUCUCCUGGCCAAAAUUCACAAGUUUGAAAGAAUCCUAAGUUUCAUGACAGAUGCGGAUGACCAGAUGAAGAUAUCACUGUUCGACGAGCACGCGCAUGCCUACCAGUUUCUAAGUUUCCUAUUUUCCCGAACUAAAAAUCCUGACCAGGCACUUUACACUGUAGAGCUUGGACGAGCAAGAGCCCUAGCAGACUUAAUGUCGGUACAGUACUCCUUGCCAAAAGAAAUAUCACAUAAUCCACAGACGUGGAUGGGCAUUGAAAGCAUUAUGGAGAAUGAAAGAAAGUGCAUCUGUCUAUACAUUUCCUAUGCAUUUCACUUAAUACUUUUGUGGAUUAUUAAAUCAAAUGAACCUAUACGUUUGCGAGCAAUAGAUGUCAAUACCUGUUUCGUUGACAAAGACUUUGUAAGAUAUGUGGAUGAAAUUUUUGGCACUGAAAUCGUGAGGCAAUUCCAUACCUUAUAUCCAGAGCAGUGCGAGGAUCGAUCAUGGUUUUCUUCUAAUACCAAGGAAGACAGCCUUGCUGCCGCCCGCCUUGUAGAAGAUGACAACAAAGAUCAGCAACCCAUUCCUACUCUUUCUCAGUGUUACAAUAUGAUCAUUGCCCCUGUGGCCGAAUUCCUUGACGAGGCCGAAAUUAUUAUUGUCCCUGAUCGCUACUUUUUCAAAGUUCCGUUUACGGCGUUACAAGAUGAAAGUGGGAAGUAUUUAUCAGAGUCUUUCAAGAUCCGCAUCGUCCCCUCUUUGACAACACUAAAGUUAAUUCAUGACAGUCCAUCAGACUAUCACAACCAGACUGGUGUACUGAUAGUGGGAGAUCCUGAUGUUGGUGAGGUCCUGUACAGAGGAGAUGUUUAUAAACCGCCAAGAUUGCCUUUUGCAGAAAUGGAAGCUGAAAUGAUUACACAGCUGCUGGAAGCUAAAACUCUAGUAGGAAAGCAAGCAACAAAGCAGGCUGUUCUUCAAAGCAUUAGUUCCUUUAGUCUCGUACAUUUUGCUGCUCAUGGGAAUGCUGAAAGAGGAGAAAUUGCUCUGGCCCCUUCACCUGCCUCUAAGACGCCUCCAGAAGAAAACGACUACUUACUGACAAUUCGCGACAUCUCAAAAACUCGACUUCGAGCCAAGCUGGUAGUUCUAAGCUGUUGCCACAGUGCGUGUGGACAUAUCAAAGCCGAGGGAGCCGUAGGAAUCGCUCGAGCCUUUUUAGGAUCUGGUGCACGCUCGGUGUUGGUAGCACUGUGGGCUAUAGAAGACAAAGCAACAAAGCAUUUCAUGAGUCGUUUUUACGAGCACCUUGUUCUUGGAGAAAGUGCUAGUGAAUCUCUUCACGAAGCCAUGAAGUGGAUGAGAGCUAACGGCUUUCCGGACGUGGGACAAUGGGCUCCUUUUAUGCUGAUUGGAGAUAACGUGUCCUUUGAUUUUGGAAAUUAAAGGUAAUUUUAAGAUUACUUGAAAACGCUUAUAAGGGAACACUCUGCAAAACGGUCUUGGAGGAGUACUGUAGUGCAUUCUUUCGAGAUUUUAUUUCAAGGAAAUCUUGACUAUAUGCCUUUUUUAAUAGAAAUAGGAACAAUUCUAGAAGUAGUUGAACGUCUUCCGAGUGUCUGAGUCUUAAUCGUCUCCUCCACCCUUUCUCCUGAAGCAAUGUCGAGUCUUCUGUCUAUGCUAAGUACUGGUUUGUGAAGUGAGGGCAAUUUCCCGAAAUGAAUUAAGGUUUUUAGUUACUCCAGUCUAACUAUCCGGUGUCUAUUUUAGAAAUUUUUCUUCCUCAUGCGUAUUCUUAGUAUAAUUUAGUAUUUAUACUGUUCCCCCUCUGAUAAGACCCAAAUGNCGAGCCUUUUUAGGAUCUGGUGCACGCUCGGUGUUGGUAGCACUGUGGGCUAUAGAAGACAAAGCAACAAAGCAUUUCAUGAGUCGUUUUUACGAGCACCUUGUUCUUGGAGAAAGUGCUAGUGAAUCUCUUCACGAAGCCAUGAAGUGGAUGAGAGCUAACGGCUUUCCGGACGUGGGACAAUGGGCUCCUUUUAUGCUGAUUGGAGAUAACGUGUCCUUUGAUUUUGGAAAUUAA